GCUUCUUCUGCCUCCCUCCCUCCUUCCCUCUCCCUUUCUCUGCUUUUUGCUGCGUUUUAAAGCAUUUGGGCUGAAAAGAAUCGCAAUUUCUCUCUCCUCUCUCUUCUCUCUCUAGCUGAAGUUUUGCUUCAAAAGGGUUUUCUGGUAGACUUGGGUCAUAGGGUUUGGUAUUAAAGAAAGAAGAGAGCUAAUUCUCUGUUUGAUCUUCUGAAUUUUGAGGGGUUUUGACUCGAAUUAUUAGUUGGGUAUUCUUGAAUUCUAGUGUUUUCUUUCUCUUGUGACUGAAUUUAUAUCUGAAAUGGAGAGAGACUUCAUGGGUUUGAAUUCAAAAGAUUCUGUGAUUGUGGUCAAGGAAGAAGCAGUUGAAAACUCCAGAGACUCUGCAUUCUCCAAAGCAUCCGCAGUUCAUUGGCCUUCCUCAAACAAGGUCUCUGCUCUGCCACAUUUCAUGUCCUUUAAGGUUGCACAAGAAGAGAAGACGGCAAAGAUUGUGUCUGAUCCUCUUACCUCUUCCGGAUUCAUGGCUGUCCCGACUGUAGAGGCAUUUGACACCACUCACAAACGCCAAUCCGGUGAUAUCCAGAAUGUGCAUCUUCCUCAAGAUGUUAAGAUGCUUCCAGUUUCCAACCAAGCUAUUCCAAUUUCAAUGGGCAACCCUUUUUUCAAGGCCCACUUUGCCGGUGCUGGUUCGAACUUCUUGGGUGCUACCAUGAAGCAACAAUUUCUCGGAGGAGUUCCUGUUACGGCUUCUCAUUCCAUUCUCCCUUCAAGUGGUUCCAUGGCAGGGACCACUGAACCAUGGUUCAAAUCCAAGCCCUCUGGCUCUCCUGCUCCACUGACUAUCUUUUAUGCGGGUACAGUGAAUGUGUAUGAUGAUAUUUCCCCUGAGAAGGCUCAGGCAAUAAUGUUCUUGGCUGGAAAUGGGUCUUCUGCUCCUUCUAGUGUGGCACAACCAAGAGCUCAAGUUCAGGCCCCUGCCUCCAAAGUGGCAGCAGGGGAUGGUGUUUUUGUGAACCAGCCCACAAAUAACACACCACCUUGCUCUGGUCUCUCAAGCCCAAUGUCUGUUUCUUCACAUCCUGCUAGUCAGUCUGGUGGGUCUAGUACUACAGAUGAAGGAAUGACUGGUAAAACUGUUGGUGUUACAGCCACUCCUGUUAGCAAAGUGGACUCUCCAAACAUAGCUACUCCACUAGGGCCUGUUGCUUCAACUACUAUAAUGCCAUCAGCCGUUCCACAAGCUCGCAAAGCAUCCUUGGCCCGAUUUCUGGAAAAGCGUAAAGAAAGGGCUAUGAGCUCAGCACCAUACAGUCUGAGCAAUAAAUCUCCUGAAUGUGGCACCCCCGACUCAAAUGGCGUUGGCUUCUCUGCAACUUCUGGUAUGGGAUCAGUGUCUCUCCCAGCCAGCAAGGAGAGUAGCCGCGACAUCUAGGGUCCUGAAAGUGGAGUCAUUAAAUAUUAUGCAAAUUUAUGUUGUUGUUGUGUUACUUUUAAUUGUAACCUCAACUUAUUUGACCUUUGAACUAUAGCUAAGCUCCAUAAUAUAGACAUUGUGGGGCUUUUCGUCUCAUUUUGUAUUUUUUUUCCUUUAUAUAUUGUCAAACGUCGUGGAUUUUUUCGGGGACAAUUUAGGAUUUCCUAAACCUUGUAUCUAUUUAUUUUCCCUUAUGUCAGUCCAAUUUGAAGAAAUUUUGGCUUUCUGAAGAUGAUUUAUCCUUGGCUAAGCAAAAGGGUUUCUAUCUUUUUCUGGAAAAAAAUUCAGACUAGAGCACUAUUAA